UCUACCCACCCCAUCCCAAACCCGUGUUUAAUGGCAGUCUGUAGGAAGAAACGAUUUUUCACUCCUCUCUCACACUACAACAGUGUGAAACGCUCCUGUGACCUCAAAAGGUCAUAGAGAUUUGUCCCCACCAAGCACAAGCAAUUGUUUGCUGAACACCAUUCGAUGUCCCCUAAGUCAGUGCAGAUGGAUGGAUCCUAUAUGUUGAAGCUCAAGUAUACAAGACAUAAGACUGGUUCCCAUUUUCAACAUCAGUUGUAAGCUCCAGUUUAUUUUACCUGUGCUUCUGACCCACUGGCUGGAAAGCAGGGUUUUUACUACCCCUCCCAGAGCUCUCACAGAACUCAGGAAACGUUCUUACUGGUGUGUUAUAAAGUAUAUUGCAAAGGAUACAGAUGAAGCAGAAAGUGUCUGAGUGUUGCCUAGGAUAAGGUUAAGGGGUGUGGUGCUUCCAUGCCCUCUGUGGAGGGGUCAACCUCCAACUGUCUGGAAGCUCCACAAAUCCUGCUUGUUUGGUUUUUGAUGGAGACUUUAUAAUAUUGGCAUGAUUAAUUACAUAAUUAUUCAGUUUAACUUACAGCUUAUCCCACCCAAAGAAUUUUAGGAGUUAUGUGCAAGAACACAGUAAAUAACAAACGUAUUUCACACUAACACCCAAGUCAUGUUGAAGUAUGGUCAAAAGUGUGCUUUAGGAAAUAUUAAUCCAAUGAUGGGAGGUCAGAAGUAAGAAACAAAAUGAUCGUAAUAGUGGAUAAAAACGGUAACUAAAGGAACGGAAGGAAGGGAUAGCUGUGGGAGGCAUUUUGUAGAAAUAAUUAGCUGAACUCGAUAGUUAUAUGGGACCUGAUGUUAAGCCUGAAUACAUGGGAAGUGCUGACGUCCAUAGAAACGGAGAAAUAUAUAAUGAACACCACUCUGAGGGGACUCUGGUUUCCUUUCGAUGUGUGAUGAAAUGUUGGUGCAGGACAGGCGUGAAGCUGGAGGCGUCCUGCUAGCCCGGGAAGAUGUGGGUCUGGAGUCAAAAGGCAAGUUGGAGCCAGUAAAGGAUGCACAUGUCCUUGAAACAGGUAUGCUGAAAUUGAGGUCACCAAAGGAGAAAGUGAGAUGAGGGAACUAAAGAAACUGCUGUGUGUCUGCUGUCUCGGGUGUCUGUUGUUCUAGUCAAAAAGACAAUAAAACCCUAAGAAUGGAAACUUGGAGUUACUCAUGUCGCUGUGUUAGCCAAUAAAUUAUCAAGGCCCUAGGCCCAGGUAGGCUUUAGCUUAGGAGCCCUGCCUCCAAGUGACCUCUACAUAACUAGCUUGGGUUUCCUCACAGUGUGGUUGUCUUGGGGCAGUGUCUCAGGAGCUAGAGGGAUACUUCCUUAUACUGUGUCAUGUCAUCAUACUCUGUUGACUGAAGCAAGUUAUGGGCCAGCACAGAUGUGAGAAAGAAUUAUGGGAGGCAUGCCUGGCAAGGUCUCACUACAGAAGGCAUUUGGUGAUCAGAAACUUUGGAAGAACAUUACCGUAUCUGAACAUAAAGUGAAAUAUUCAAUGCAUAUCGAUAAAUGACCUUCAAACGGUACUGUGUUUCUGCCAAGACAGCUCUCUGGUUUCUCCGUGUGUCAGCUUAUCCCUCCUCUCUAGCUUAAGAGUAAUACAUUCAAACAUCCUUACUGUUUAUUAGUUUGGGAGGUCUUGCUGUUUUCGGUUUCACUGAGACAGAGUCUCUACAUUUAGCCCAGGCUGACCUUGAACUUGCUAAAUAGGGCACACUAGCUUCUGCUCCUGCAUGCUAGGAUUUCAGGCAUGCACCACCAUGCCUGGGCAGUCAUUCUUAUUGUUAGCCUUUCUCCCCUCGAGGUAUAUCCCUUACCUCUGGGCUCAACUCCUUUCGUGUUCAGGAUAUGAUUUUGGUGCAUGGAACCCUAUGUGCACAGCAUACUGGAGACAAAAAUAAAAAUAUGUUUCAUAGGGUUUUGAAACUCUUAGCUUUAUGUGUUCAAUUUUUAGACUGUAGAGGUUCGUUUAGCAGUACAUUUCUGAAGCACAGACUUCAGCCAAAUGAGCCUUACUGCACCUUCUAAGUCGGACAUGUAUGGAGCUUUGUCGGGGUCCCCUGCUGACAAUGAAGACAGCCUUGUGACAGUGAAGGUGGAGGAUCCCACCUGGGAGCAGCCAGGCAGCUCACAGACGGGCAGGACCCAUGCUCGGGAACUUCACCGCCUGAGAUUUAGGCAGUUCUGUUACCAGGAGGCCCCUGGCCCCCGGGAAGCUCUGGCCCAGCUUCUGGAACUUUGCCAUCAAUGGCUGAGGCCAGAGACCCGCAGCAAGGAGCAGAUCCUGGAGCUGCUGGUGCUGGAGCUGGAGCAGUUCCUGACCAUCCUGCCCAAAGAACUCCAAGCCUGGGUACAGAUGUAUCGUCUGCAGAGUGGGGACAAGGCAGCGGCAUUGCUGGAGAAUCGCCUCGGACAUGGAGACUCAGGACAGCAGGAACAGGACAUGCACCUAGUGGUGACCGAGUAUCAAGGUGCCUCUUUGGAGUUUCAGAGCCUCCAGUUCCUCCAGCCUGGGGUCCCUUCUCUGGCAUGUGAACCUCCAAAGCUCCCCCAGAAAGCUUGUGCGCCCCACAUUCCUGGUUGUACUACUUUCCCUACGGAAAAGACAGUCUCAAGGUUGAACACUCUCAGGAACUGCCACCCACCCCGAGACUCCCGGGCCAGGAUGCACAUCACAUCCUUGCAGUAUGCAGCUGGAGACAUCACUCGGAAAGGGAAAAAAGACAAAUCUUGAGUGAGUGAGCUGCUUCAGGGCCUCGCGUUUUCUGAUGACUCAGAGGCAGAGGAAGACAAUGAGUCUGAGAUGCAGCCUCAGAGAAAGAAGCUAAAGGUGUCCACUGUCCCUGAGAAGAACUGGACUAAAAGAGACAUUAAGCCCAACUUUCCAAGCUGGUCAGCACUGGAUUCUGGACUUUUGAAUCUCAAGAGUGAGAAGUUGAACCCAGUAAAGCUCUUUGAAUUGUUUUUUGAUGAUGAAACGUUUAACUUGAUUGUCAAUGAAACCAAUAAUUAUGCUUCUCAGAAAAAUGUCAACUUGGAAGUCACAGUGCAGGAAAUGCGGUGUGUGUUUGGUGUCCUGCUCUGAAGUGGACUCGUAAGGCAUCCCAGGAGGGGAAUGUAUUGGGAAAUCUCUGAUGCUGAUCAGACCCUGGUUAGAAAUGCAAUUAAAAGGGACAGAUUUGAAUUGAUUUUCUCAUGCCUGCAUUUUGCUGAUAAUAGCCACCUAGAUCAAAAAGAUAAGUUUUCAAAAUUGAGGCCUCUAAUGAAGCAAAUGACUAAGAAUUUCCUCCUGUACGCCCCCCUAGAAAAAUACUGUUGUUUUGGCAGGUCAAUGUGUGAAUGCUUUGAUAGUGACCAAUUUCUGAAUGGAAAGCCUCUUGGAAUUGGCUAUAAAAUUUGGUGUGGUACAACCACACAAGGCUACCUAGUUUGGUUUGAGCCCUACCAAGAAGACUCAGCUGCAGAAACAGAUGAGGAGCUGGACCUUGGGCUAGGUGGGAAUCUAAUAAUGAGCUUUGCUGACGAUCUUUUGCAGAAAGGUCACUAUCCCUAUCACCUGUGUUUUGAUGGCUUCUUUACAAGUGUUAAACUGAUGUCAGCUUUGAAGAAGAAGGGAGUGAAGGCUACAGGAUCAAUUCGUGAAAACAGGACCGAAAAAUGCCCGCUCAUGAAUGUAGAACACAUGAAAAAGAUGAACAGGGGGUAUUUUGAUUUCAGGGUAGAAGAAAAUGAUGAGAUAAUUUUAUGCCGUUGGCUUGGUGAUGGCUUUAUUAGUCUGUGUUCAAAUGCUGUAGGCAUAGAACCAGUCAGUGAAGUAAACUGUGUUGCUGAUGAUGAAAAGCUCCUUCAGGUAAGCCAACCAUCCAUAGUGAAAUUGUAUGAGGAAUUCGGGAAAGGUGUGGCUAAAAUGGAUCAAAGUAUUUCCAAAUAUAGGGUGGGAUUAAGAAGUAAGAAAUGGUACUCAGUUUCGGUUAGUUACAUGAUCGAUGCAGCCGUGAACAAUGCAUGGCAGCUACACAGUGUCUGUAACCCUAGCCCUCCUUUAGAUCUCCUGGGCCUCUGGAGAUAUGUUGCACACUUUUACUUGGGACAUGAUGUUAAUCCGUCUGAUUAGGGCAGAUAAAAUAUGUAAUAACAAGAUACAAAAAAAUAUAACUAAUUAGAUUACCAAAGCAAAUGUAAUAGAAAUGGUGUAAUUAAGUACCUGGUAUUUUGUUAAAUCUUGGAUUGUUACAGCAAAUAUGUUUAAAAAAGCAUUUUGUGAGUGUUGAAUUUGUGUUAUAUGCCUCUUUUUGUGUCAGAUAUGUGCAAUCACUUACUCAUUAAGUUAUUUUGUGUAUUAAAAGAGCAAAACCCUA